AAAACAAGCGCGAGAAAUAAACAGUGCUCGCUCAUUUUUUUUCUGUUUCGUGGUAAAGUUCUUUGGGCUCAUCUGGUCACACGAUUAUAAUAAUGACGUAGUAGAUAGUUGUACUUCAAAGACUAAAGAUUACCUCAAUUAAAUUAUCCUGUGAUUUUAAUCGUAAUCUGUGGUAUUUUUAAUUGGAUGUCACUGUCAUUGUGUCAGUGGUGUAUACUCUGUAGUUUAUGGUUUUUGCUCAUGCCUGCUGUGCUGAAUGAAGUCAAGUGUUUGUGUAAAUGACUGUGAAACAAAGACUUCUAAUACGAAAUAAAUGAGGCUCGGCAGAGACUUACUGUUUAACAUUACUCAUGAGUACGGAAGAGACUCUUUUGAAUCUCGAUUUCGACAAACCGAAUACAACAAUUGCGCCGUCGUUGCCCGAUGACGGCGUGGUAUCAUUGUCGAGUAGCUCGGAAGAAAUUUGUUUAGUCCCAGAGGUCGGAUUCGAGGGCAACGUGGAUUCGCCAGGAGUAAAUCGGGAAUCGCAGCCGCUGCUGGGCGGCCGCGGUGACUUCGAAGUUUCGUUCAACCAUUUUCCAGAUGACCCGCAGUUCAGCGAGCUUGUGUGGCAAGCGGAAGUAGCGAUCGACAAUGGCAUCUUCCCAGAACGGAUAUAUCAGGGUUCGAGUGGGUCAUACUUCGUGAAGAAUCCUGGAGGGAAAAUCAUAGGUGUGUUCAAGCCAAAAGACGAGGAGCCGUACGGACGACUUAACCCAAAAUGGACCAAGUGGAUGCACAAGCUGUGCUGUCCGUGCUGCUUCGGGCGGUCUUGCCUGAUCCCCAACCAGGGCUACUUGUCCGAGGCCGGCGCCAGCCUAGUCGACUCCAAGAUCGGCCUCAAGAUCGUGCCAAAGACAAGGGUGGUGAAACUAGUAUCGGAGACGUUCAACUACUUGCGGAUAGACCGCGAGCGGUCGCGACUCAAACGUGCCAUCACCGAGCAGUUUCCCAACCUUAGGUUCAACAGGAUGGGACUGCCACCUAAGGCAGGCUCGUUCCAGCUGUUCGUGGAGGGCUACAAAGACGCGGACUACUGGCUGCGGCGGUUCGAGCAGGACCCGCCGCCGCCGCACGUCAUGAGAAAGUUCCAGUUACAAUUUGAGAGGCUGGUAGUGUUGGAUUAUAUUAUACGUAACACGGACCGGGGCAACGACAACUGGCUGAUCAAGUACGAUGCGCCGCCUUCCAACGAUAAUAUCCCCAUGUUGGACCCCAGCGAUUGGCAAGCAUCCGAAGUGCGUAUCGCGGCGAUCGACAACGGUUUGGCGUUCCCGUUCAAACAUCCGGAUUCCUGGCGCGCUUAUCCCUACCACUGGGCGUGGCUGCCCCAAGCGAAACGGCCCUUCAGCCACGAGACCAAGGAACUAGUUCUUCCAUUGUUAUCAGACAUGAACUUUGUACAAGAGCUCUGUGAUGAACUUCACUUAUUAUUCAAACAAGACAAAGGGUUCGACAAAGGAUUGUUCGAGAGGCAAAUGUCUGUAAUGCGAGGACAAGUUCUGAACCUUACGCAGGCACUUAAAGACGGCAAGAGUCCCGUUCAAUUAGUACAGAUGCCCGCCGUCAUAGUGGAGAGGUCCAAAAGCGGUACGACGUCGUCGCGUUUCUUCGACUCCUUUCAGCAACGGUUCCAACACAAGUCGCCAUUCUUCUCCUGGUGGUGAAGCAAACCAACGGGUGAAAAUAGCAUGUGAUAGAUCCCUGAAGAUUCGACAAAAAAUAAAUGUAUGUAUGUAGAUUAGCGCAUUUUAAAAUUGAUACUACUAUUCAAAAGUAUGAACAAUUCUGAAGUUCCAACAAGAUUAAAUGUACGAAUAAUUAUCAAUUUGAAAUAAUUACUUACACAUUUCCGUUUGCAACAAAUCAUAACCAUACAUAUUGAGUAAUAAUAAAUUUCUUCCAUUAUAAAAUAACGUAAUUGCCGUGGUAAAAUCAAUCACAUAUUUAAAUAGAUGGUUUACUUUAGUGGCAGAUCUCAUUACUAUUUGCAUAUCUUGUUUCGUAUGUAAAUAUAUAAAAAGGUUGAUCAAAUUAUUGCCAGAUAUAUUUUUUCUUUCUGGUAAAUAAUAAUAUUGUUCGAUUUGUGAUUCAAUACUAUUAAUUCUGGAUAUAAUAAAGACAGGGCAUCAUAUUUAGAAAGCAACUUCUAAUUCAUUUUGGAACCUUUAGAAAUACAACAGAAAGAAAUUUAUUUUGUUAAGUUCGAAAGAAUAGAAUUUACUUUCGAACAUAGAUCUAAUAAAGCUAUUGUACAAUAUUUAUUCGUAUCUCUCAUGUUAUUUUUGUUAUAAAAGUAUAGGAAUACGGGUUUUCAGCUGGUCUGAAAAUGUAUACUUUCGAAAUUGUGACCUUGCGCCAAUCGCCCUAAAUAAUAUGUGUUCGUUGUAGGUUAUAUUUUUUUCUGUAAUGGGAAUUAGAUGCUUACAUUGAAAAUAAUAAAAGAGUAUUACAUUGAAAAUAUAUAAGAGAUAAGUAGGUAGUAUCAAGAGGGAACGAGUCAAUUCCAAUCGCAAAUAAUUUGCAAUCAGAUGAACUUACCGUCAGAGGAGCUUGAUGGCGCAAGUGGUUAGCGCGUUCGGCUGCGAUCGUUGAAGUUAAGCAACUUUCGUAGUAGUCGGUCAUUGGUUGGGUGACCAAAAAUCUACUAUCUCGAGCUCCUCCAUGCUUCGGAAGGCACGUUAAGCCGUUGGUCCCGGCUGCAUCUGCAGUCGUUAGCACCCACCAAUCCGCACUGGGCCCGCGUGGUGUGUCAUGCAUGCCCAAACUCCCUAUUCCAUACAUAGGAAAGGCCCGUGCCCGGGCAGUGGGGAUAUUAAUAGGCUGAUGAUGAACUUCAAACUUGGGGUUUCCGAGUAGUUAAGUCCAGGGUUCCCAAAAUAACAGUUCACCGUAAAUGUAGCCGAUAUUUUCGAUAACCUUUCAAUAUAAGCAUCUUUUUCAUUAUAAGAAAUAUGUAUUUUUUGUAUGUUGUUUAGAAUUAUUUUUAACACCCAUACAAUUACACUUCAGGACCUUGAUUUUUAUGUUAUUAAAUAGUUUCUGCAUUUUCAGUUUCUGACAUGGUAGAAACACAGUUGAAUAAGUUAGGUAAGAUAAAGUUUGUCGAUAUAAUUAUAUGCCCAAUCCUUUUAGGGCAGACAUGUACAUACAAUUUAAACAUACAUACAUACUAGAAAAAUAGAAAUACUUAACAAUAUUCCUAGAUUCAAAAUCUCUAAGAAUCCAUCUUUUUACAUAUAAUAAGUUCAAAAUAAUUCAUUUAUUUUUAAAGAAUAUAGGUAAACAAUGUGACGAUGCGAUCAAAUUAACAAAACCAGUGAAUAUCAUAAAAUAAGUUUAUCCUUAUAAGUAAUUCCUAUUCCUAUAAUAACGAAAACAUUACAAUAAAAUAGUUUUCGUUAUUAUAUUCUAUAAACUAUGUCAUUGUAUUCAAAGUUAUGUUAAUAUCACUUAAUCAUAUAAUCUUUUUUUAUGAAACAUACUAGGACUUGAAUGGGAUAAAGAUAUUGCAAGAAGUCUUUCAUACAAUUAUUGGUUUAAAAAAAUAUUAGAAUGAUGACCAUUCGCCGAAGGUUGAACAAAAUCCAUGUUUCAAACAAAUCAAAAUGGAUGACGAUGACAUUCUAUUCCGCAGAUCCCUUCAGGCAUAAAAUGCAAGGGAGACAGAAUUUUCAGUAAUCUUUUCGUUUUUGGAUUAGUCAAAUAUAAAUAGUGCUCUAAUCGCAAUUUCGUAUUCUCAACAUUCAUCAAAAGCUAGGAACUGUUUGUUGCUUUGUUGAUUCUUAUAAAGAACGAAACUAAUUUAUCCUUUGCAAAAAUAUCAUUUGUGAUACUGAACACAGUCAUUCCAUUUCUUAUAGUUAAUAAUAAAUAUAAGAAUUGUUACCAGAUACUACUUAAAUUAAUUUACCCAAAUCAUUCAUAUCGCUUGUUUAACAGACAUUAUUUUGAACAAAAAUCUUACGUAAGUGAUCAAGAAAAUGGAAAGGCUACGUUGUAAAUAAAUGUACCUAUAUGACAUAAACAUUUGUUAUAAAUAUAAUUACAAUAACCUUUAGCUAUUUCAAAGUGAUUACUUAUAAUCAUAGAAACUGAAGGACCUUCUUCCAAAGUGCUAUCAUCAGAAUGUAUGAAUUUUGUAGAAAGUGCCUAGUUGGUUUUGAUCGAAAUAAAAAAAAAUGUAAGAAUGUCGGUUUAUAUUCGUAACGUUACUACAGCCAGAUUGAAAAAAAAAAGGAUUUAAUCAAACCUAUUCAUAAUUAGGUUGAGUUUAUUUCAUUAAUCAAAUGCAACAUGUUAAUCCUGCAUGUUAUAGUUACUUAAUCAUUGGAAAUUAGUUUAAUGAUUCUCGUAAAGAAAUAAAUCUAAACCGGUAACUUAUAUCUCGAUUAAACUGUAGAAUGGAUCAACAAGAGUCUGAUUACUAAUAUGGAAACCAGAAAUACGACCUGGAGGCCAUUCGCCUAUCGCGAUUGCUAUCGCUUACGAUUUAAUUUUGUUAUUUCUGACCGCUGCAGGUUUUUAAAUGCCCCGCACUAUUUUUUUCUUUUGAAUUGGUAACAACAAUAUUAAAGAAAAUGAGCGUAAGGUAUUUGAAAACUCAGCGGUGAGAAAUAACAAAAUGAAAUCAUGGGCGAUAGCGAUAGCCAUAGCAAUUCCGUUAGGCGAUUGGCACCUGUAUUUGUUACGAAUAACAUUACGUUGCGCUAAUAUGAAAAUAAAAAUGAUUUAUAAAAUCCUCGAAACCAGCCGAAAUUACAGUCGGUAGAUAGUAUCAUGACCUCCAAUAAGCCACGCAAAUAAUACUAUAGGUAGGUAAUUAUUACUUUUAAUAUAACAGAUCAAUCUGGCUGUAUGUUACCUGGAGCAGCACAAUUUGUGCACGCCAAAUAGCCUUGUAUAAAGAGGCAUAGUACAAUCUUUUGUUAAAUUAUUCUGAAUAUUGUGUACAAGUAUCGAGAUACCACAUUUAGUUAAAUUAAAAACAAUUAUGAUAAUGAUAAAGUAAAUAAAUAAAACAAGCGAUUGAUUGUAUGAAAACUUACACGUUUGUAAAUUUAUAGACCUUAAUAUGGAAGUUAAUUUUUCUAACGGUUUGUGAUUAAAAGUGAACUUAAAUUUUCAUACAAUAAGUCGUAAUUAAAAAUAUAUCUGUUUAUAUGUAUUAUUAUGAACCUAUACAGAGAGGGAUGUGUGAAUGUUGUGAUGUGACUGAAAUUCGUUUUAACAAUUUGCAGAAAGGUAAAUAAAUAUUGUUCAGGUUUUAAAAAAAAAAAUAUUUUAUAACUUUGAUCAGGCCAUAUCAAAGGGGAUAUAAUCGACCCGGCAUAUCGACCCGCAUAUCGUUAUGCCAGCUUCCGUACAAAAAAGUUUGAAAUUCUUUGUCAAAUCUCAAAAAUUUCAUUCUCACGUUAGUGAGUUUGUAAGUACAUGGAUUUUGCCUUCGAACAACCCUGAUGGUUUGUAGACUGUAUAAAUAAAAUGUAAAAGGAAUACAACAGGAUUUAUUUUAUGACUAGAAGUUCUUUGUAAUGUGAUAAAACUAAUUUAGAACCUGCGCUGCGUUAAGCGGGAGCACGGAGCGGACGUCCGUUCCGCGUGUUUGUUACAUAUUAUUUCAUGGACCAGCGUUGCGUGAGGCGGGCCUCCCGUUGCAGCGCUGUUCUAUGAAACGACAUAAAAACUUAAUGCAGCGCAGUUAUUAUUUAAGAAGUUGGCAGCUAUUUUAUUUUAUAAAAUGUUGGUUAUAAGAACUUGCGUUACUGAUAUUCUAAAUGCUAUGUAUAAAGUUUGGUACACAAAUAAAAUAUCAGAUAGGAAACGAAUGAGCACUGCUUUACCUCGCGACCUUAAAAGUAAACUGUCCACAACCGCAGUUUUUUGUAAUUGCCUAUAAGUAAAUAUGCCCUAAAAUUCUUUCUUAAAAUCCCUAUUACCCUAAAAGUACGACUAGCCUAGACAACCAUAAAUAAUACCUUCCUGCAAAUGAUUAAAGUCGAAAAUGUAUAGUUCCAUGUUUGUACAUAGUUUUAAAAGUUUUUGUUUAAUAGUUAUUUCAUGUUUAUAUUAUGCAUUAUUUAAUUUUCGAAAAAAUAAAUAUAAUCACCAUUGCAUUUUGUGUAUUGUGUUUUUAUUUGUUCCUCGUAAUGUCGAGUUAUAAUACGGGAAAUGAAACACUCGAGAAAUUCUCAAACAUUUUAUUAACAGGCGUUGUUUAUAAAUUAACUACAGUCAACUAUUAUAUUGAAUAGAAUAGUAUUGUGCGCAAAACAUAAUAAAGUAACAUAAAACCAGUAGCAAGAAAACUUUCUCCCAAAGAUAGACUGGUGGAGAACGCUAUUAUAUUUAAGUCCUCCUUUUGUACCAUUUUGUAAAACUGGCCAAUGAAGUUACAACUAAAAUAAACAUAGUAAGCAUAAUAAUAAUAACUUAAAAGGAAUGUUUAUUUAUAAAAAUAAUAAUAAUAAAAAGACUAGAAUUAUUGACUGGACAUUACAAAAUGUCUUAAGGAAAACAGCAGUUGACACUAAAAUAGAUAUUAUGGGUUCUCAGCAUUAGCAACAAUAAGGCUGCCUGUCUACUGAAGCGGAGCAAGGCUGCGGAGCGGAGAAAGGACAAUGCUCUUCUUCAGUAGACAGAUUAUAUGCAAUCCUAUUGGUUAAUAUUUCUGCGGAGAAAUCUCCGCUCCGCAGCCUCGCUCCGCUCCAGUGGACAGGCAGCCUUAUCAUUAAAAUUUCAUAAACUCUUUCGAAAUUGUAUAUAAAAUAACUCAUUUAACAGGUGCAAAGAAACUUCUGUAAGUUCAACACCUUACCGGUAAACAGUAAUUUAUAAUACAUCAUUUUUAUAAAUUAGAUAAAAACAUAGUCGCACCCAACUUACUCUCUGUUUAUAAUAUGUAAGUUUGCAAUGACCUCAAAGUCGCAUGGAUGGUUUUUCAGAUCACUUAAUUGGAUCCUUUUGUCACCGGUUCGGUGCGGUAUGGUUUCGUUUUCAUUUCUUUACCGCAUCUGUACAGUGUUUACCGAGUGCAUAUAAGAGAGCUUCAGCUUACUCACCGAGUCGUUUCGGUAUAGAUUUUUUACCGAAUGCAUACACACCUCUGUACCUAACGCCCGCCCGACGUGACGUCAUUAUAACAAAUGCCAAACACCGCACAAAACGAAACGAUGCAGCAACGUAACCGAGCCGGCUAAACUGUACUUCCAGGGCUCAAGCGGUGAUACUUCACACUAGGUAAGGUUAGGUUGGUGUAGUGGCCGUAACGAGCGAGCAAAGCGAGCGUGCCGAAGCCAGCGAAGCGCCAGAAAAAACCCUAUUAAAAGAGACCUUUUCUAAAAAAAAACCAUUCACCUCUUGGGCAGUUUUACCACCGAGCCGGUCAAGAAGUGGAUCUUGGUAAAAAAAUCUGUACAGAUUCGGUACAGAAACGAAAUGAUCUGGUGAGAAACGCGCCUAAGGAAGGUUUAUAAAUAAGUAUAAUACAUGUAGAAGCGAAGGCGGGUAACUAGUACAUUAUGAAUGAAUUUACAGUAACAUACUCUUUAAGUGAUGUGUCCGGGAGUAUAUAAAUUUACUAAACAAGAAUUGAUAAAUUAUUACCUUACUUAAUUGCGUGCUGUGAAGACAUCAGUUUAUUAUCUGACGUUAUAUUUAUGUUCCUUCAAGAAUCCAUUAAAGCUUUAUUUAAUUAGACCCUCCGAUAAACUUCUCGAGCAUCGACCACAGUAAAAGAAUUCUACGCAGUAGCAAUUUUACAUACAAAAACCUACGCAAGUACAUUUGUCUUAGUUUUGCUCAAGUUUGCCACUAUCUAUAUACACUGGGGUUCUGAGUUCGAGUCUGCUAUCUUUAAAAUUUCCGCUCAUACAUUUACAUGUUUGAUAAAGAGAUGCCUUAUAUCACAUUGUCAUUUUUUUUAGCUUUGUAGGGACAAUUUGCAAAAGUAAAUAUCUUUCAAAUGAUAAAAGGUGUCGUGAUAUGAGUUGUAACUAUACAGAUAUCUUUUGUAUUGUUUUUAUAGAAGGUGAAACUAUACAGCGAGUUUAAAAUGGUGAAUCAAAAUAUGAAUAUCAUCACGCUCCAGGAGUAUAAGUUUAACUAUUCUGCGAUCCUCUUCAAAUAGUUGGCUAGAAUCUCUUUCCCACGUAUGAAAUAAUUAUUUAUUUUAUAUACAUUAAUUAAAGUAAAAGUUAAAUUUAGAGCAAGUGCAUAUUCAGACACUAAACCCAAACACAUGUGGUUCAGUCAAGCGACUAGAUGCAGCCAUCAAAGAAGAGGCGUGACUGAGCUACUACGGUUCGCGAUUAGUGGGUCAAUGUGCGCUUGCUCUUAUUGCACAUAUUUGCAACUGCUGGACACAUUCUGCCUAGCUUACUAGGUCAACGGGUAGAACCUGAAAACGCAUAAAUAGUUUGCAAACAUCUGGUCGUCAAAUCAGUGUCUUGGCAAUAUUUUAUAAAAAAAGACGAUGACUUAAACCGGUACUAUACUUUGGCCCAAUGCGUACAGCGAGACUAACGGCCAGCUUCAACAAUUCGAUCUCUAGUAAAAUAUCAGCUUAUUCUGGUUUAGUUUUUAAAACAGGUAUUUAAUCUAAAAUAAAUUAUAUUUUCUGGGCAACAAAGUUCUAAUAGACCUACCUCGUACCAGAGAUUUAUUGAAAUUAUUAUUAUUGAAACUGGCUGUAAGAAGACUUAGAGGUAAUGACGCAACUCCCAAUGUUAUUACGCAGUCUUAACAAUAAUACAAACUGAUGAUUAAUUUUAAAUACCAUAGGAUAUGGUAAAAAAAUCAUAUGAAUCAAUAUGUAUUUUAUCACAUAACAUAAUAUAUAUGUGUUAUGUAUACUUACAUAUUUAUGUUUUAUAUUAAAUUUUGGCAUUUAUAAUUUAAUAUAUAUUUUCCAAUUAAUUUGUACACCAUUACAUAAUUAUUGAACAAUCGCCAGAUUUAGAUCAACUACAAUUUGCGUUGUUGUUGUUGUUCUGACAUGGAAAAUAAAUAAAUAAUGAAAUGUGAUUUAAACACGGGCAAAUGAAUAAGGUUUGUUUCUUCCAAAUUGCGACAUUUAAUUCAAAGUUAAUGGCGGUUGUGUAGUUAACGUAAAUCGCGGUGCAGAAAACGAAAUGUAAGUGAGCCCGGGGUGGAUGUUGCUGAACAAACUGUUGAUAGUUGCACUCGCUGCUAACUUCGCAACCUUGUCUGGAAAAAGCUUGAAGCCUUCCCCGCCCACUGGGAGUAGCAGCCAUAGAGGUAAAGAAUAGAGUGGGGAAGGCUCCUCUAAAAGUUUCCGUCUAGUAGAAAGAGAAAGAAGAUCAGAGACCGCUAGCUAUCUCUCUCUCUUGUGACGCAUGACAUCCAAUGGCAUCACAUCGAAAUAGUAAUAUGCUUACGGUUGCUAAUGCGCAUGCUCGAUUAGAGAGAAAAGCUGGCGGUCUCUCAUCUUCUUUCUCUUUCUAUUAGAGGGUAACUUCCACUUGUAGUAGAGUCUAUAUUACCCCUACUCUAUUCUUAUACGGCACCGGGGUAUGCGAGACUCCCCGCCGCUCAUCUCAUGCAACUCACUCUAUUGAUCAAUUCAUACUAGCACAUAGUCGAAGCACAUCGAAGGGAAUUUCAGAAACGUAACAAAGCAAAUUCACCAUCAUCUGCGCAAUGUAAUGUAUAUAUUCUUUCUGUAGUCCCGCUGAUUAUCAGCUUAAAAGAAAUAUGUGCAGUACGUUGCGGAGAUCGGGGUGAAUUUGUUAUGUCACUGUUUCUAAAAUUCGCUACGAUGCACUUCGGCUCUGCGGUAGUAUGAUUGACCAUAUUGCUCAGCUGAAUGAGCCUUACCCGCUAAAAACUAGACAAUGCUCCACUCUUGCAGCGGUCACUCGACACACAUUUUGAGAACCCGGGUCUUCAGAAUGUGUGUCGAGAGUUGUGGCACCCUGUUAGGACUGGCAACAGAUAACAUCAUAACCGCCAAAGUUUGAAUCGCACUAUACACUGGACAGAUAAAUUUGGCUUGAAAUUAAGUACUACCACUACAAUUACCGUUAUUAAUUAAAUCAACUCUUUUCUAAAUGCAUUCUUCAUUGUAUUUACAUAGUAAUUUACUUUUUAUUAUUCAAAUUUUAUAAUUUAUUUUGUGAAUUAAUAGCUUCAGAUUUAUUGAUGUGCACAAAAAUCAUAUCUAAGACGAUUUCAAAAUAUUUUAAAACUUAUUGAAUCCCAAAAUAUUAACCGUAUAUUCUAGUUAAUUUGUUAAUUUGCACUAUAAUUGUGCUGGAUAACGUAAUAAUUUUUAACACAUGAUUAUAUGUAUCAAAUAUUAUGAUCGUUUCCUAAUUAAGAUAAGGCCAUUGCUUGGAUGAUUUUAUUAUCUUUGCAUAUGCAAUGAAUGCUGGUAUUUGACGAAAGCGAUCGCUGCGAGCUCCUUGCAGAACUCCUCCAGGACUAUCAGACUCUCCACCAGUUGAUUGUGGUCUCCGCUAUACAACAUAAAUAGGAUCUUCACUCAUCAGCUGCAACCUGGUAUUUUCAAUCACCUUUUUAUAAUUUCUUAUCCUCGGUAUUUCUAUAGUCAAUCUCCUCGCCAACUCUUGCAAAACUUUGAAAAGCGUCUGCGUCUUUUUCGCUGUGGGCAACAUCGGAUUCAAGAGAUACUCGUGCAAAUUCGGAUGCGGUAUCAGAGCCAACUUAGAAAUGAUGGCAGUAAGGUGCAAAUUCACUUGGUACGGCUGAUUUGGCAUGUUCAAAAUUAGUUUGAAAAGCAUUUUGAAAAAUGGCCCUUCGUCGAAUUCUUCUUCGGUGCUAUUCGAUGGCGUAUCUUUGCUUCUGUGCACUAGUCUUUGUGUAAAUGGGCAUUUGUAUGGAUGGCAGGUGUCAAUUUGCUCCGAUCGUUUGGGCUCCGCUUUGAUUGUAUCGAAGACUUCGUCGAGAUGUAUGUCGGCUUCUGGCCUACUAUCAUAGCUGUGUGUGGAGCUGGCUGUGGUGUCUACCCAAUUUUGCUCAGGCCAGUUAAACGUAGAAGUAAUGUCUAACCAUAACUGGUAAUGUCUAUGCGCGUCGUGUAUAUAGUGCUCAUAGUCCGCGCCCACCGGAUCGGACAGAAUCGCGCGCGGCAACAGCAGCAGGAAGCUGUUAAUCACUCUAUGUAUAUUGUCAGCGGAGUCGUGAGUGUCGAUACCCUCGUGCGUCAAUAUGUCGUUGAUCUGUUCGUUGACGUGGUCUUCGUGCUGAAGUUGUAUCAUACCUAUUUCUCUCUCGCUCCCUCCAUAAGGAGACGUCGUUCAGUCUGUCUCGCUCGUCUUCCUCCAUCGGUGGUUGUAUGGAAUAAUAUCCGCGGGAACAGACGCGUGUCAAAACGAGCCUGUGUAUACUGUGCUCGGUUCCUUUCUCUAUUAUUGUCUGAAAGAACUGUAACGUCUCCAAAGUGAUGUCGUAAUUGUCCGUCAGACAGUUGCUAAUGAGAUUGUGCAGAAGAGGCCAUUCCGGAACUUCACCGUCACCAACCAACCAAUUGGAGAAUUCAUUAAUGAGUUCCGGCGAAUCGAUGACUUUCAAACACUUGGCCAGUAUAGCUGUCACCAGAGCCGCGUGGUGGAAGUCGCUAACUCCAACUUCUACGGUGCCUUCUAGAAAGUUCUGCCGGAAAGUUCGAGAGAGAUGCGUCGCAAUGGUUGGGUGGCAUUCCUAAGAGAGUAUCACAGUAGUCCAGCCAUGAAAAGAAACUCGUCAACUCCCUGUAGCCAUGGAAUUUAUUCAAUGCUUUGUCACCAUAAUCCUGAGCCACAUACGCCCAUGUGAUAUUGAGUCGGUCCACGUCAGCGGGUUCGGUGCCGGCGGGCACACACUUGUAUUUGGCCGCCAGUUUGCCGACCAAAGUCUCGCACGCGGGACUGCAGCUCGUCACCAAGUUGGCUAUAUCAUCCUCGGGCAAUGAGGACACAAUCAUUAUGCCUUCACACGCUCGGAGGACCACUUGAUUGUCAGCACUGUCCAAAUAAGAUAACAAUAAAUCAAUCAACAGGAACUUGUCGUUGUCAUCAUACACUGUCUUUUGACUCCUAUUCGAAUUGUCAUCAGCUAAAGAGCCACUGGAACCAUCUUCUCUUCCGUUUGUUCUUACUAUAGAUAUGUUCCUUAAAGGAUUCAGUGGCAGUUCCACUUCAAACAGGGGAUUCUUUCUCGGUAUUUGGACUUUGGAUUUAAUAGGAAUUAGCUUCUGUAUGUCGUCUGGUAUACUGAGUAAACUGUCCUUGUCUUCUACAAAGGGUGUUGUGAAAAUAUUAGCCAGUCCAGGCUCUUUUCUUACUAGACCACAGAGUGUGAGAAGUAGUUCCACCUCUUCUUUCUCUGUUGGUGAUGCUGGGUUUUCAUUGCACUGGAUCAGCAUUCUCUAAAAGGUCUGUAAACAUGAGCACUAUUCACACACGGUUGCCUCGUCCGCCUCAGUAGCGCAGUCCCAGUGGUUAAAGCUAGGGCUCUCGCGCCGGGCGGGCGGUCGGCGGCCGCGAGCGCAGUUAGAGCGUCCAACACGCAUAUCUUGCGUUGCACCACCGCCUCGAGGCAAGGCCCUACUGUUCCGCCUUGUUGCUCUUUCUCUUCGUCGACAAAAUUUACCUGAAGCAUUUGAUGUAAGUGGUGUGGAAUUCUUGUGUCUUCAAUAUGAAUUUUAUUGCUGUCAUCAUAGUUCUGAUAGAAGUUCAAAAUUGUCUUCCAAUGAUACUCGAAAUCCUCUAAUCUAGUAGGUGGAGGUGCCAAAACAUCUGCUGCAGUCUGCAGUACAUCUGAAAAUCUACUUAACAUUUUAAUUGGCGGUCAGAGAGAUUUCUCUAUAUUAAUUACAACAACCAAAACAUUUUUUGAAUUCAUCUAAUGCGAUGUUUUGAGUCUACAACGACUCUAAAAGUCCUAUCAUCACUAGGUUCAGAGUAAUAAAUUAUGAUCCCCUAAUGUUGAUUUAUAUUAAUUAUACUGGAAGUUAUAAUAAAUAUCGUAAAACAUUGAAAAACCGAAAAUACUACGAAAUUGCGGAAUAACUGUCAAGUCGACCAACAACAA